CAAGCAAGGCGAGCAGCAGCACGCCCAGCCACUCCAGCACGCCAAGCCGCUCGUCCACACACACAGCACCCGCCCCACAUGGCCCAUCCGUCCACCCGCCCUCGCAGAUCGUCCACCCCCCACACUCGAGUGUGCCGCACAAGACCCAUUUCUGGUUUCCACAUUCCUGCCAUUGCGAGUGCCCGCUGUCUCUCCCUCCAUCGCGCUCACCUCGUGCGCCGUGCUGGCCGCCGCCACGCCACUCGCCUCCAAGCCCCGAUUCCUCGCGCGCUGCUCUCCGCCGCGGAGGACACGACUCGCGGCAGCGUCUCUCCACGAAUCCCCGCAUCAUGGCGCCUCCCCGAGUCUCUCCGCUUUCUGCGCACUGCCUCUCCUUCCCCUGCGUCGCCCUCUGCGCGCUCCUCGCCGCCGCCCUAGUCCGCCCCACCCUCUCCCGCGCAGCCCUCCCCGCUGCGCUGCAUUCGCACGCGGGGCCGCGCGGGCGAUGGCUGGAGGGAGACGACGAGGGGGAGGGCAGCGGCGAUGACGAGGGGAGCUCGGGCGGGCUGCGGUCGCAGGGGAAAGUGAGCGCGGAGUGGCGCGCGGAGAGGGACGACGAUGGCCGUGGCGAGGCGGAAGGUGACGGCGACGAUGACGGCGCGUCGGUGUACCGGGCGCACGGCGGCGAGGAGGAGCACGUCGCGUGGCAGCAGAGCAGCUACGAGCAGCGUGGCGACAGCGACGACGACCACAGCGACGGUGGCGACGAGCACAGCGACGAUGACGACGACGACCACCAUGCGAGCGACCACGACGACGAGUCCCGCCCCUCCUCGUCGCCGUCGCGCCCCUCCCCCACCCCCUCCACCCCCUCCACCCCCUCCACCCCCUCCACCCCUCCACCCCCUCCGGUCCCGCCGUCGUCCCGCCGCCCCCCUCCUUCCCCUCACUGGCGUGCGCGCCUGGCGCGGGGCGGUGCGAGUUCG